GAUUUAAAUUUUAUAAGCGGACAAUCUCACCAACCAUCAAGAAAUCUCAACCGUCGAAUGCGAAGGCCAAGUCGUUUUUUCAAAUUUCUUCCUCCACCGUUUCCUUUUUUUUCCCUCUUAUCUGCAACCAGAGAAAAAACUCGUACAAAAUCUUCAGAUCAAAGCAUUUUUUGAAUCCAAACGAAUCUCUAAGUUUUUGUCGAUUGUAAAACUUCUUCAUUUCUGUGAAUCACUUGCUCCGAUAAUUUCUCAAUGUUUGAUGGAAUUCGAUUCGGAGACAAUGCGAUAUCUGAAGAGCUAAUUUUGAUUUGAAAUUUUGGGUUUUUGGUCGAUUAGGGUUAGUAGGAGGAGAGGUGUGAAAAAUUUGGGAUCGGAAUAUUACGAUGUUCUUGGGGAGUUAUUGUGGAGUGAAUUUCCAUCAGGUGAUAAUUGAAUUGAAGGAAUUCGAAUUUUCGACAUUUCCGAGGAACAAUGACAAGGCUGAGAAGAACUAGUGCCAAGAGAGCUGGAGCUGUAGAUGAUGCUGCGGCUUCUGAUGGACCAAGCAAUGCCUUCCAGAAUAUGAAGCCUUUGCGUGGGAGGACUAGUGGACCCACAAGGCGAUCAACGACGGGAAAAUGGACGGCUGAAGAGGACGAAUUAUUGACGGCGGCAGUUCAACAUUUUAAAGGAAAAAACUGGAAAAAGAUUGCUGAAUGUUUCAAAGACCGAACAGAUGUUCAAUGUCUACAUAGGUGGCAGAAGGUUUUAAAUCCUGAACUCAUCAAAGGUCCAUGGUCUAAAGAGGAGGAUGAAGCAAUAAUCCAAUUAGUCAAUAAAUAUGGGGCAAAGAAGUGGUCAACGAUAGCAGCGGCACUACCUGGACGAAUUGGAAAACAAUGUCGAGAAAGGUGGCAUAAUCAUCUUAAUCCUUCCAUCAACAAGGAACCAUGGACACAGGAAGAGGAGCUGGGUUUAAUUCGUGCUCACCAAAUCUAUGGCAACAAGUGGGCUGAGUUAACAAAAUUUUUGCCUGGAAGGACAGACAAUGCAAUAAAAAAUCACUGGAACAGCUCCGUCAAGAAGAAGCUAGAUACUUAUCUGGCGUCAGGUUUACUUGAUCAGUUUCAACGUGUGCCUUUUGUAGUGAACCCGAAUUCAGCAUCCUCUUUGGUGAUGCAACCAGGCCACGUCAAUGGGGUGGAAGAAGAAGACACGUCAGAAUGUAGUCAAGGAUCAAAUGUUAUCAAUUGCGUUCAAUUUGAUCCUGUAACUGAGAAUGCUGGGGAAAAUUUUAACACUGAGGAAGCCAGUAGCAGCACAGGGCAUAAUCUGGAGCAAUAUUCAAUAUAUGCAAAUUCCACCCCAAAUAAGGGUAAAUUUGGUUCCUGUGAAUUAGCCAGCACGUCUUGUUUGGGUGUGCCAGAGGAAUCCUCAGUCCAGCUUGGAUUGUCAGGACUCUGUAUAGCUUCUAAUGAAAACCAUACAGAACCUACUCUGCCACAGAGUUCUGUUGGGUUCUGUACUUCUGAUGGAGUGGAAACUUUGCUCGUUGAUUCUGUUAAAUUUGAGCGCCUAUUAAUAUCAGACAACGAUUGUUCUGAAAUGAUAUGCACAGAGUCGAGGGAACCUGGAUGCUUUCCCCAAGGAAAUGCAACGGGACAAUCAAAUAAUGUUGCCUUAAAUGGUGGCAGGAGUUCAUCACUUUGUGAAUUUGAUUAUGAGAACUCGUUAAGUGCAAGAACAUUACCAGUAGAGUCCUUUGUCCAUAAAAAAGAUGUUUCAGAACGGACUUUGGAAUUAGAGGUAGUUCCAAAUUUAAGAGAUGACUUCAUCUGUGUGGACUCUCCGACUGGGGAAGCAUAUAAAACAGAUAACUAUCGGAAGCUAGAUGAGGCGAAGGAUGCUCCAAAACUGGUGGCUGUGGAUAUAUUUAGCAAACCAAAUUCUGAUUCUAAGGGGAGUAGUCUACAAACAGAAAACAAAACACAUUUAAGAACAGAUUUUUCACAGACUCUGUUUUCAAUGGGUGACAUUGUCACUCUACAAACAGAAAAGCAGGAUCUGGGAAAUCUCUCUUAUGAGCCUCCCCGUUUUCCAAAGUUAGAUAUUCCUUUCUUCAGCUCUGAUCUCAUGGAAUCUACUGGUGAUAUGCAGCACAACUAUAGCCCGUUUGGGAUUCGCCAACUUAUGAUGCCUUUAACAAACUUGUCCUCACCACGUUGCUUAUUGUUGGAUUCUCCAAUUCGGGACAGUACUCCUCGAGCUUCACUAAAGCAUGGUCCUAAGAGAACACGAUCUAUAAUGAAAAAGCGACUGCAUGAAAUUCUGUCUCCAGCUGAAGGAAAAAUGGGAGAAACAAUUUUGAGGUCAUCUAGCUUCUCCGCUGCAUUUUCUUCUCUAGAAUCAAUUUUUGAUGCUAAUGGCGCAUGCAGAAUGUCCAUAUCUUCCAUUGAUGAUUCCAUGCAAGAUGUUAUCAAUGAGGACUUCGAAGAUGGAGUGAAAAGGGUCGAUAAAUUUGACUGCAGAAUUUCAGAUAAAGAUGAAGGCAACACAGAGUCUUCUGACAAGCAAGAUCAGGAGAGCAUUAAACUUGAUGCCGAGGCCAAGCAGCUUACAAGAGAGCGUAUUGAAUGUAACUUGGAAGGACAGCUUAUUGUCUCUCCUAGAUAUCAAACAAACAGAAACUUGGUGGCUGCUGCAUUUUUGAGUCCCAGGAGUCAAUAUCCUAGAAAGGUGGACAGAUCAGACCUACUUGACUCUUUGGUCUCCGUAAUUGGAAAAGAUGAAAAGUACGGAGUUCCAAUCACAUCUUCAGAAUGUGCAACUUCAUCAAAACCUCCAGAAAUUACCUCUGAAUUUGCUGCAAAUGAUGCUGAUACUCAGAGCAUUUACAUGUUUGGUGAAACUCCAAGUUUUCAAAGGGAUUUGGAAUCUCCCUCAGCAUGGAAGUCUCCGUGGUUCUUGCAGUCUUUUCUUCCUGGACCUCCUGGACUAGAUACAGACAUUCCACUCCAGGAAUUGGACUACUUUUUGUCUCCUGUUAUGAGAAGCUAUGAAGCCAUGGCUUUUAUGAGACAGAUGUCAGAACAAGCAGCUGAAUAUUAUCCUGAAAUGUCAUCCAAGACGGCAAUAACCUCCACUGGCCAAGAUUUGACUUGCAAGGACGAUUCCUUUCUUCACGACGAGAAGGAAAAUGUGCCACCUAAUAUCUUAAUGGAGAGACGUGUUCUUGACUUUAGCGGAUGUGGGUCACCACCUAUGAAGGAAAUGGAGAACAAGAAGUUUGCUGAGAGUUUCACUUCGGCAAGCACUUCAAAUCCCUCAUCUUAUCUGAUGAAGAGUUGCAGAUAGUUUGUUUAAGUGAUUUCUUAUAUUUUGUGCUGUUUUGUGUGUCUAUAUUUGUACUUAAUAGUGUCCUUAUGUCAACAAGACCA